AUGGCUGACGAUGAAUUGGCGAGCAAGCUUGCGAGAAGGGAGGCAUUGAAUGAAGGCAAUGAAGAACCUAACACGGACAAAAGGACUCUGGUUUUCAACCCUUACACGGAGUUCAAGGAGUUCAGCCGAAAAGAAAUCAAACAAUACGAAAAGAUGUUCAAAAAUUACGAUACGGACAAGAACCAUUUCAUCGAGCUGAUGGAACUGAAGUUCAUGAUGGAGAAACUCGGAGCCCCACAGACGCAUUGCGCCCUCAAGGACAUGAUCAAGGAAGUAGACGAGGACCACGACGGCAGGAUAUCAUUUCGGGAGUUUUUGCUGAUUUUCCGCAAGGCAGCAGCAGGGGAGCUGGACUCGGACAGCGGGCUGAGCGCGUUGGCCAGACUAACUGAGAUCGACGUGGACAAGGAGGGGGUGGGCGGAGCUAAGAACUUCUUUGAAGCCAAGAUCAACGAGCAGACGCAACUCAAGAAGUUUGAGGAGGAGAUCCGGCAGGAGCAAGAAGAAAAGAAACAAGAAGAGGAAGAGCGGAAAAAGAGGAGGGAGGAGUUUAAGGCCAAGCAGGCGGCUUUCAAAGUCUAGAUCUGGACAGGGGCUGUUGAAAUUCACUCACCAUCAAACUCACCAAAGUUGGUUCCUGUACUCUUGUUCUCAUCGAAAUAUAAAAACCUGUAGACAGUGCUGAAGUGUUGUUCUCACAUGCGCAAAUUCAACCGAAUUAUGUACAUUGGGAUUUUAACAUACAUUUAUCACUUGCACCCAUGCAUAGGGCUUUAAUACUGUGCCAUCGUAUCAGUAUUUCUUGUCUGCGUGGUAUAGUUCGGGAUCUUGAGAUCGGUACAUGGUGGUGAGAUUUUGGGGCACCCCCAUGUGUAUAAAAGUCAUCAUGUUGUGUUUCCGGGUACCAAACAUAGAGUCAGGAGGUGAAUCAAUUUUUUUUUAAUAGAAUUUGGUAAUUUAAAUUUAAUUUUUUUUUUUAUUCAUGUACAAUAUGUACAUGUAGGUUUGUUUUGGAAGCGAAAAAAAUACCCCAAAUACAAGUCUGAAAUACUUGUAAGUAUGUAAUGAAGUAUAUUCGUGCAAGUAUGCACAUGUGUACCUCCUGUGCAGUUGACCUCAAAUAUGUUCAUGUAUUGUGUACAUGCGUACAUACAUGUAUGUACAACAGUUGAACAAAAUACCCCACCUACUGACCCUUCCUAAAUUUAUGGCAAUGUUACUGGAAACACAACAUUAUUUUGUUUUUGGCCCAUGUUCGUUGAAGUAUUGUGACUAGAAUCUGUCGUCCCUGGUCCGGGCAUCAACAGUUCGACUCUUAUUGGUUUUGUAGGGUUUUGUAAAUUGUAACCACGUAAAAUGUAUAUUUUUUGUAUUGUUUUAACCAAGAAAUGUAAUUAUAGAACAUAAAUCAAAGUAAAAUAUUUGUCGUUUGGAGGGUUCACCCAUCAGACGUUAUCGUGAAACUUUAUUAUCCUGGCUCCCUGCUGUGCAUUGUAAUGUAAUGGAGGCAUGCCCUAGGAAAGGUGUUUUUAUUUGCAGCAUACAUCGUCAAUGGAUUAUGAUUAUUCAGCUAGUUUCGAUGUUUAUUCAUGAGAAAAUAACAAUGACGUCACACCAUUGCUAUCAGUCAGUCAUGCAUGUACAUUAAAGCAUUUCAAAGUACAGCUUUUGUCGAGCUGCCACAGUGGCCUAGUGGAUAGUGGAAUGAACUAUGGAUCGGAAGAUCUGUGGUUCGAGGUUCGAACCCAUGUCCAUUUCCAUCAAAUAUUUGUGUUGGUUGGGCUAAUUUUAAUUGAAGGGAAAACACUACAAGAACCUGAGUGUCUUCCAUCCACAAAGAGUGAUAAAUAUUCAUGUUAAGGUGCGUUACGUGAUAGCUUAAAAUACGAUGUAUGCUGCAAAAAAAAU